AUGAAGACCGCGCUUGUUCUCGCCUUUGCCGCUUCGGCCUUGGGUCAGCAGUCCGUUUGGGGUCAAUGCGGCGGUAAUGGCUGGAGCGGUGCCACGACGUGUACUUCAGGUAACUGCUGUAGCUCAAUCAACCCCUGGUACUCUCAAUGUAUCCCUGGAGACUGCGCAGGUGGUGGUGGAGGUGGCCAAGCCACCUCCACCUCCACGUUGGUCACCACAACGGGCACCAGCGGUACCGGACCAACUUCCAACCCCAACCCCGGAUCUGGCAACACAUCCAAGGGAUGUGGGACUUCGACCACUCUCAAGAGUGGCACAUAUUCCAUCACAGUGAACGGCAAACAACGCCAAUACAUCCUUGCUCUGCCCGACAACUACGACCGCAGCAAGCCCUACAAGCUCAUCUUCGGUCUGCACUGGCUCGGAGGUAGCAUGCAGGAUGUCGCAGGUGGCAACUACUACGGCGUCCGUCCCUUGUCCGGCAACAACGUCAUCUUCGUCGCUCCCCAGGGUCUGAACAACGGCUGGGCCAACGCUGGCGGUGAGGACAUUACCCUGAUGGACCAGAUCCGCGAGAAGCUCCAGGCGGAACUCUGCAUCGACAACUCCCAGAUCUACUCCAUGGGCUGGAGUUACGGUGGUUCCAUGUCCUACGCGCUGGCCUGUGCCCGGCCCGACGUCUUCCGCGGUGUGGCCGUCAUGAGCGGUGCCAACCUCAGUGGCUGCAGCCCCGGCACUCAGCCCGUGGCCUACUACGCCCAGCACGGAGUCUCGGACACCGUCCUGCCCAUCGACCGGGGUCGAUCCAUCCGCGACACCUUUGUCAAGGACAACAAGUGUACUGCCCAGAACGCUCCCGAGCCGGCCGCGGGCAGUGGAACGCACAUCAAGACCGUCUACCAGGGAUGUUCAAGCGGUCACCCCGUUUGGUGGAUUCCCUUUGAUGGUCCUCACGAGCCGUUGGCCACGGAUCGGGGUGCCAGCUCCUCCUGGACUCCUGGGGAGAUUUGGAAGUUUAUCUCGCAAUUCUCGUGA